UCCUGUUCGUCCACCCCCGGGAGGUCAGAGCCCUCGCCUCGCACUCCCAGGACGUCCCAACUCUGCGCCGUCGGAGAUCCAGCACCCUCGGAGUCCACCGGUAACUCAGUUCUUCCAGGUGAUGGUGCGCGGCCAUCGCCGCCCCUGGCGUGCAGGUGUGGGCUCUCCACAUUGGGCUGGGGAGGGGGCUUUGGGCAACGCGCUGGCAGCCUCAGUAGCCCUGGAAAUCAAGCCCUACACUUCCCGGAAGCCUCCAAACUCCGCACCCUCUGCUACUAGGGACUUUUGGAAAACGUUCCCAGACCGGAUUUGCUCUGAGAGGGGCAAAGGGCAGUCUGCGGAUCUGGAUGAAGGAGCCUCAGGUUUUAAGCUGAGCAGGCAAAAAUGGGCCCCUGCUAGGGGGUCUGCGGCUCAAGCGGGGGUCCUGGGAGUGUCGCGCCCUGGGAUGACUCUGGUUCAGCCCGGCAGGUCCCAGGUCCUGCCUAGCCUCUUCCCGCCCUGGGCAUAAUGAGUUACUUCCUUUCUUACUGCAAAGCUCACGGCGGCGCGCUGCUUACUGGCUACCAGGCCUUGCGUGCCGAGGGCUUCCUGUGCGACGUGACACUGAAGGCCGAAGGCAGCGAAUUCCCGGCGCACAGGUCUCUUCUGGCGUGUUCCAGCGACUACUUCAGGGCUCUGUUCAAGAGCCACACACAGGAAUCCCGGGCCCGCGUGAUCCACCUGCAUGUGCCGUCUGCAGCUGGCCUGCAGCGCCUGCUGGACUUCAUCUACACCGCCUGGCUGUCGCUCUCCAUGGACACAGUAGAAGACACUCUGGAGGCCGCCAGCUACCUUCAGGUCACCGAGGCCCUGGGACUGUGUGGGCGCUACCUGGAGCGCCAGCUAGCUCCAGAGAAUUGCUGCUUUGCCGCCAACGUGGCCGCGCGCUUUGGCUUAGCGCACACUCUGGACGAGGCCGAGCGCUGCAUCGUGCGCCACCUGCGGGAGCUGCUGGCACAGGGCGCGGGCCCCUCGGGACUUCUAGAACUCAACCCCGUGUCUCUACGGGCCGUACUGGGUGCCUCCGACGUGGCUCAGGUGUCUGAGGCCCGGCUGCUGAGCCUGGCACUGGCCUGGCUACGGCAGGAGCCCGCGGCGGAGCGCUUGGCGCACUGCACAGUGCUGCUGGAGCGUGUCCGCUUCGGCCUGGUGCCUGCUGACGUGCUGCGGCGCGUGUACUCGGGCUCAGGUCUUGCGCUACCCGCCCGGGUGAAGGGUCUCAUCAUCCAGGCCCUCAACUACCACACUGCGCCCUCCCGUCAACCGCUCAUGCAAAGCGAGCAGACCAGUGUCCGGAGUCCCCAGACCCGCAUCUUGUUGGUCGGGGGGCGUAGGGCGCGGAAGGCGGUGACCGAGGAGGUCGCUGCCCCGAGGGGGCCAGCUAGGGGCCAGGGCGGCUUAGUGGAGCCCGAGGAGGAGGAAGAGGAAGAGUUAGAGGAGGAGGAAGAGGAGGAGUGGGAGCUCACGCAGAACGUGGUGGCUUUCGACGUGUACAAUCACCGCUGGCACAGCCUUACCCAGUUGCCUGCACCGCUGCUGGGGCACAGCGUGUGUACUGUGGGCAACUUCCUGUUUGUUCUGGGUGGGAAGAGCCCUUCUGGCAGUGCUUCCUCUGUCCUGGUCGACGGCCCUCAGGCAGUCACAGCCCAAGUGCAUCGUUUCGAUCCGCGCUUCCACGCUUGGACAGAGGCGCCCGCCAUGCGGGAAGCUCGGGCCCACUUCUGGUGUGGCGUCGUGGGCGAGAGGCUCCUGGCUGUCGGGGGCCUGGGUGCAGGCGGCGAGGCGCUAGCCUCAGUAGAGAUGUACGACCUGCGCCGAGACCGCUGGAUGGUGGCCGAAUCGCUGCCGCGGGCGCUGCACGGCCACGCGGGGGCCGUCGGGGACCGCGGUAUUGUGUACAUCUCCGGGGGCAAGUCGGGGAGAAGCGAGGGCGGCGCAAGCAGCCUCCGGGACUUGUAUGCCCUGGGCGCUGGGGAGCGGGCGUGGAGCAAGAGGGCGCCCAUGGGCACGGCCCGCUUUGGGCACCACAUGGCGGUGCUGCGCGGCGCAGUAUUUGCUUUUCUGGGGCGAUACGAGCCCUUCUCUGAGAUCGAGCGCUAUGACCCUGACGCGGACCAGUGGACUCGGUUGCGGCCGCUGCCCUACGACCGGUUCUGCUAUGGGCUAGCAGUGGUGGAGGAGACCGCCCUGCUGCUCGGUGGCCUCAAGUGGCGGGACUCGCGCCAGGUGCCUACGCGCAACGUGGUGGGCUAUGACCUCGAUUUGGACCGCUGGGAGGACAUUGGCUGCGCGCUGCCCUGGGCCUGGAGCAGCCUGCAGUGCGCAGUGCUGCAGCUGGCCGAAGAUGGGGACAAGGAGAAGGAGGGAGAACCUGGAGAACCGCUUGAUUUACUGCUGGGCUGAAUGGGUUAGUCCAGGUACCCCCCGAAACAGAGAAGAAAGUCGCGCUUGACCAGACAGAAGGGCUUUUCCUAAGAAUGGGACACUGGGAGCAGAGUGGCUUCUGAAGGUUAAGGAGGCAAACAAUGCCUUGGACACAGAGGAAAUUUCCCCUUAAGCUGGGAAUGGGAGAUAGGAGGGGGUCAAAUAGAAGAAUAUAUGAAUCAGCUCCAGAGAGCUUAGAAAGACUCGAGUGGUGCCAGAGAUAGACUUUUGCAAAUAAAAGGACCUUAUUUUCCCUCUUAUAGUUUCCCUAGGUGCAAAACAGUGACCACUUUUGUGCCAAAAAAAUGUACCACAGGAAGUUAUAUACAAAACCCCCAAAAUUGUUGGCUAUAAAGGCUGUAAUAAAGUCCUAGAAGACGCAUUCUCGGAAUAAAUACUGAAGGGAAAGUGCCUUGGUUAAAUGGCAUGAUUCAUUGUAACUAUGAUUUUAUGAACCAGAGCCAUGGUUAUAGUUCUGCUCUGAUGGUUUGAUAUAACUAAGGAACUGAGAGGGGAAAAGAAUCUCUAAGCACUUUUUUUUCUAGUAAGUAUCCUUGGUUAAAAAUUUGUCACCAAUCCCCACCUGCUAAGGCUGCCUUUGCCCUGACUUUAUUGGUUUUACACCAUAUUUCACCAUGCCUUAGCCAUGAUAAUCAGGCUCCUCUGGUUAAGUGGAAUAUCUAACCAAACCAAACCAGAAUUUACUUAUUUCAUCCUCUUUGAAUGCUCAUUCUGAAGCUGGGCUCGGUGACUCAGCCUGUAAUCCCGCGUCUUUGGGAGGCUGAGGUGAGUGAAUUGCCUGAGCCCG